GCGCACCGCUGUUUUAAUUUAUCGUAAAUAUUACAGCAGCUGAAUAUACCUCAACUCUACUUAUGACUCCAUUUUCCGCAUUUUGAGAGGUGUUUGAGGUAAAGUUAACGAAAUUUAAGUUUGUACAUAAGGAUUUAUCUAACUGAAAGUAUAAAACAUGACCGAUGCUUGGGAUGAUGCUAGCCCUGUGCCAAUGGUGCAGGAGUUACCUGAAAUUAAAUUAUUUGGAAAAUGGAGCUCAAGCGAUGUUCAAGUCAGUGACAUCAGUUUAACUGAUUACAUUGCUGUGAAAGAAAAGUAUGCCCGCUAUUUACCUCAUUCAGCAGGAAGAUAUGCCACGAAACGGUUCAGGAAGGCUCAGUGCCCAAUUGUAGAGCGUUUGACUAAUUCCAUGAUGAUGCAUGGUCGUAACAAUGGAAAGAAAUUGAUGGCCGUAAGAAUAGUGAAGCAUGCUUUUGAAAUUAUUCAUCUCAUGACCAACGAGAAUCCUCUUCAAGUGUUAGUAAAUGCCAUUAUCAACAGUGGGCCAAGGGAAGAUUCGACACGUAUAGGAAGAGCUGGUACUGUAAGGAGACAGGCUGUUGAUGUUUCUCCCCUUCGACGUGUGAACCAGGCUAUUUGGUUGUUAUGCACAGGUGCACGGGAAGCAGCUUUCAGAAAUAUUAAAACAAUAGCAGAAUGUUUAGCUGAUGAGCUAAUGAAUGCUGCAAAGGGAUCAUCAAACAGCUAUGCUAUUAAGAAAAAAGAUGAACUGGAACGUGUUGCAAAGUCCAACCGUUAA